UUCACAGCUAAUAACCUAAAACAAACGAGGAAGAAUGGCAGCCCGCAUUCGGCGCAAACAUUUUUUGUAAUAAAUAAAUUAGUUAAAUCUCCUCGAAAGAAUUCCUUUUAUAAGCCCGGGGUGUAAAUAUUUAUUUUAACCAGAGAGCAGACAUAACGCGGGUUUGCAGGAUCUUUCCAGACCAUGCUGUCCACACAGUGACACACAAAGAGCAGCAUCAUGGAGCGUCCUUCAAAGGAGGGGGGACCUCUCACUGUCAUCGACAUCACCACCAGUGAAAAGGUCGUGGAGCUUCUGAAUCAGGCAGCUCUGAUACCCACAGAUGAAAAGCUUAAUGUUCUCAAACAGGUUCAAGAACUUAUCCUCAAUAAGGAUCCAUCUCUUCUCGACAACUUUUUGGAUGAGAUCAUCGCCUUCCAGACCGACAGGUCGAAUGAAGUACGGAAGUUUGUAAUUGGAUUCAUAGAGGAAGCAUGUAAACGGGACAACGAGCUUCUCCUCAGGCUGAUCGCCAACCUCAACAUGUUGCUGAAGGACGAGAGUGUAAACGUGGUGAAGAAGGUCAUCCUCACCCUUACUCAGCUGUACAAAGUUACACUACAGUGGUUGGUGCACUCCAAAACGGUGUCGGAGAUGCAGGAGGCAUGCUGGGACUUGGUCACGCAGAUGACCGGGGAAGUUUUGACAAUGCUCGACUCUGAGAACGACGGCAUUCGCACUCACGCCAUCAAGUUCACAGAAUCACUGAUCAUUACCCUAUCGCCACGGACGCCGGAGUCCGACGUCCCUAAGAGACAGGAAGGAGACAUUAGUCUGGACAAAGUUCCCAGAGACCACUCCUACAUCCGCUACGACACCUUGUCAGAGGAGGGGAAGACCGCCCUGGAGAAACUGUUGAAGUUCAUGGUCCACCCAGCGAUUUCCAGCAUUAACCUGACCACAGCACUGGGUUCUCUGGCCACCAUCGCCCGUCAGAGACCAAUGUUUAUGUCAGAAGUGGUGCAAGCUUACGAGACGCUGCAUGCAAACCUCCCUCCGACUCUGGCUAAGUCUCAGGUGAGCAGCGUUCGGAAGAACCUGAAGCUACACUUGGUAGCGGUUCUCAAGCAUCCCAGCAGCCUCGAGUUCCAGGUUCAAAUCAGCACUCUGCUCCUGGAUCUGGGAAUGCCUCAGAGCGAAAUAACCCGACACACUCCUGUACCACGGGAGCAGCGCAAAAGGCCUCGGUAUGAACAGUCCAGCGAGGGGAAGAAGGUCAAGAUGGGUGAGUUACGACACAUGUUCAGAGAUCCUGACUUUGCAUUUAUUCUCAGUACCAAACUAUGUUUUGUUAUCCUGCCUUCAGAGCCGACUCUUAUGGAAGACGAUGAGGACAAAGAGGAGCCAGCUCCCCUCACAGUCCCUAAGCCAGCUGUGGUUUCAGCUCCACAAUCUGCCAUUGACCUCACGGCUGAGUUCCUUUGCCCACUGCUGACAUCGGAAAACGUAGCCAACCUGGUGCUCAUCAGCAUGGUCUACCUGCCCGAUGUCAUGCCAGCGUCCUUCCAGGCCACGUACACACCUGUAGAGUCAGCUGGCACUGAUGCCCAAAUUAAACAUCUGGCCAGACUGAUGGCGACGCAGAUGACUGCAGCAGGGAUCGGCCCAGGUCUGGAACAGAGCAAAGCCAGAGAGGACGAAGGGGGCAAAGAGGAUCAAACUGAGGAUGAUUCUGCUGCUAAAGAUGUUCUGAUCAAGCGGAAACUUUCCACGGUGAUGAUGGGCCAGGCCAUCUCUGUGGUGGGGGGUUACACCGAGAAGCCUCCAACCACAGAAGCUCCUGCAGUCAAGAGGCUUCCUGAACCCAUCCUUCCCUCUGCACAGACCAAGAUGACGGGAGCCGGUGGGAGGAAAAAGGUGUUUCGACUGGCAGAUGUGAUCCAGCCUUUAUCCGACUCCCAGAUUGGGAUUUUAUCUUCCAAAGCGGUGAAGCGUAUUCUCCACUCAGAAAAGGCGAUCACACAGAGCGGGAUGACCCAUGUCAGGGUGAAGCUCCUCUCCAGGCUGGUGACCCAGUUUGAAGGGAUGAUGAAAGAAGAAGUUCUGGAGUACAUUCUGGACGACAUCCGAACGAGGAGCGACCUGGCGUUUGCUCUUCUCUACCAGGAGUACAACACCUACCUCAGCCAGCUGCCGACGGGGCUGCUGGACAGCUACGACCACUGUCUCUACACCCUGCUGUCGGGCCUCCAGGAGAAGCCUGAGCAGAGGGACGGUCUGUUCACAAAGUUGGUCCUGGAGGCUCCUAUCAUCACGGAGUCGGCGCUGGAAGUGAUCCGACGGUACUGCGAGGACGAGUCUCGGGUGUAUUUGGGCAUGACAACUCUGAAGGAGCUCAUCGUCAAGCGGCCCUCCAGGCAGUUUCAGUAUCUGCACGUGCUCCUGGACCUGAGCUCGCAUGAGAAGGAGAAGGUUCGGAGCACAGCGUUGGCUUUUCUGAAGCGCAUGUAUGAGAAGGACCACCUCAGAGACUACAUCGAGAAGUUUGCCCUGAACUACCUGCAGCUCCUGGUUCACCCCAACCCCCCGUCUCUGCUGUUUGGAGCCGACAAAGACACAGAGGUGGCUGCUCCAUGGACUGAAGACACUGUGAGACAGUGUCUCUUCCUCUAUCUGUCUCUGCUUCCUCUGAACCACCGGCUGGUCCACGAGUUGGCGUCUGUCUACACCGAGGCCAUCGCUGACAUCAAACGCAGCGUGCUCCGAGCCAUCGAGCAGCCCAUCCGUGGAAUGGGGAUGAACUCUCCUGAGCUGCUUCUUCUGGUUGAAAACUGCCCUAAAGGAGCAGAGACUCUGGUCACUCGCUGUCUGCACAUUUUGACCGAUAAAGUGCCUCCAUCACCGGAGCUGGUGGAGAGAGUGCGAGACCUUUACCACAAACGAGUGCCAGAUGUUCGCUUCCUCAUCCCUGUCAUCAACGGUCUGGAAAAGAGCGAAGUCAUCCAGGCUCUACCAAAACUCAUCAAACUCAACCCGAUUGUUGUGAAGGAGGUUUUCAACAGACUGCUGGGAACUCAACACAGUGAGGGGAGCUCCUCGGUUUCUCCUCUAACUCCAGGAGACCUGCUCAUCGCCUUACACAACAUCGACUCAACAAAGUGUGACAUGAAGUCAAUCAUAAAAGCCACCAACCUUUGCUUUGGGGAGAAGAACGUUUACACCUCUGAGGUCCUGGCCGUGGUGAUGCAGCAGCUGAUGGAGCAGAGUCCUCUCCCCAUGCUGCUCAUGCGCACCGUCAUCCAGUCUCUCACCAUGUACCCCAGAUUGGUCGGGUUUGUCAUGAACAUCCUGUCCCGCCUGAUAGUCAAGCAGGUGUGGAAGUAUCCUAAAGUGUGGGAGGGAUUCGUGAAGUGCUGCCAGAGGACGAAGCCUCAGUCCUACAGCGUGCUCCUUCAGCUGCCCCCUGCACAGCUGACGAGUGUGUUCGAGCGCUGUCCAGAGAUGAGAGCUUCUCUCCUGCAGCACGUCCUCUCCUUCACGCCUCAUCAGCAAGCUCACAUCCCGACCUCCGUCAUGGUGGUCCUGGAAGCAAAUAAAAAGCCAGAACCAAAGCCUGUGGAGCCAGUCAUGGAGAAGGAGUUUGAACCGGCUCCAGCUGCUGAAGAACCUUCUGUCAUGGAGUCCAUAGAACCCGAGCCGCCUCUCCAGCAGGAACCGAUUCUACUAAAGGAUGAAGAGGAACCGAUGGAGCAGGAAGAGGCUGAACAUACACCACUAGCUGAAACUCUUGACAGUAUUUCCCAGGAGGAUUUGACAAAGGAUGCAGAGGAACCGACACCGCCUCCAGAACCAGCUGAGGAGCCGAUGGAGGUGCCCCAGCCUGAACCUUCGGAUCAGCCGGAGUCGCUCAAAGAUCCUGAAUCAAACAUGGCAGCGCCUGAAGCUGGAAGUGGGUCGGACGAUGUGGACUAAAUGAACAUUUCUGUCAUUGUGGUUUUGACUAGAAAACAAAUGAGGAAAAGUUUUGUAAAGUCAUCUGGAGAAAAACCCGAGUUGGUGAAUAAAAUUAAGUUUUUGGUUUAUCAGAA